AUGGCAGCUGAUAAGCGUGUUGUCGUUGUAACUGGAUUCGGCCCUUUCGAUUCAUUUCAAGAAAACCCAAGCGCAGCCGUUGUGCGUCGUUUAGAAGAAGAAGGUAUUAGCGAUGUGGUUUCGGAUGUGGUGCUGCGAACUGAAGUGAUACAAGUUAAAUACGAUUGCGUUGAAGAGAAAGUGGCUCAACUCUGGCAAGAAUAUCAUCCAAUCUUGGUCAUUCACAUUGGUGCUCAUCCGAGUGCACGUUUGAUAAGAAUCGAACAGCAAAGUUUUGGGCGAGGAUAUUGCUCGUUCGAUGUUGAUGGUCAAGUCCCUUGUGGCAAUGUAUGCCCCGUCAAAACACCACUAAUCAAACUAACGCAAUCGAUUCUCGCAACAGAGUUGGAUUGCGAACGAAUAGUUAAGGUUGUGACACAAUCACUUAACUUUGAUGUUCUCAAAGUUGAAACAUCCAAUGAUCCUGGCAGAUAUCUAUGUGCGUACAGUUAUUUCAUGUCAUUGAGUCACGAUAAGAGUAGAGCAUUAUUCGUUCAUGUACCUGGCUUUGAUGCUGAUGUCACUGUACAAAUGGUGACCACAGCCAUCAAGCUUAUCAUUAAGGAAUGCCUCCAUCAGCUCAACUCAACUGCAGCAACUGACAGCUGA